AUGUCGGGCUCCACGCAGGUAUCUUCACCCGAGCAACUACGUACACUGCUGUCAUCGUCGCGCAUCGUGGUCGUCAACUUCUACAACGAGUGGAACCAAGCGUGCACGACCAUUGCUCCCGUCUACGACCAGCUCGCCGCUUCCCUAGCCCGUCCGGGCGCCGUCUCCUUCGCCAAGGUCAACGCCGAACAGCAGACGCAGAUUGCGCAAAGCUAUGGCGCCACAAAUCCGCCCCUCUUCGUAAUCUUCAAGAACGGCAAUCAAGUCUCCAAGUUCACAGGCCAGAAUCCUCAGCAGCUCUCGGACAACAUCAAAAAGCUCGCCGCGGAGGUCGAGUCGGGCGAGGGUGGCUUCGGCGAAGCGUCGGGUUCGAGUGGAGGCGCUGGAGGAUGGCGGGGCGCUGGGCUGCCCAGAGGAUACACAGAUAUUACGGACCAGGUAGACGUCCGGGGACUAGACUUGCUGAACUCAGACAGUGAGUUCGGCGGCGUGAGGACGCUGUUCGACACAACGCAGCCGAGCAGCGCAGGCAAGGGCAAGGCAGUAGGGGAGUCUAAGAAAGAUUGGGUGGAGAGUGAUGUGGACGAGCAGCUGAUGCUGUACGUGCCAUUCAACGCAAACCUCAAAAUCCACACCAUACAGAUCACCUCGUUCCCACCCAAGGCCGACGAUGAAGACGACGACGAAGUCCCGCUCCGACCGAAGACCAUCCACCUGUACACGAACCGCCAGCACAACCUCGGCUUCGAAGAGGCCGAAGACAUUGCGCCUACGCAGACGUUCGAGCUCAAGCCGUCGGACUGGGACGAGAGCACCGGCACUGCGAAGCUGGAGCUCAGAUUUGUCAAAUUCCAAAACGUGUACUCUCUGGUACUAUUCGUUGUGGAUGGCGACGGUGACGGCGAAAAGACACGCAUAGAUCGUAUCAGGAUCAUUGGAGAGUCUGGGGAGAAGCGGGAAAUGGGCAAACUGGAGAAGGUCGGUGGUGAUGAUUAA